AUGAAGCCCACUGCAAGGGAGGGAAAGUUUAGGGAGGUGAAGAUCCAAAGCCAAGUUAGGGCAGCCCAAGCCCUUGCCAAGAAAAAAGCAUCAGGCAGAGCAAACUCUCCAGAUGUAGAUGUCUCGGCUUCAUCAACACUUUCAGCAGUACCAAGCAUCUCAGACAAAAUUUUCAAGGUGGCAAUUGAGACUGUGACUGAGACUGCAUCUGACUCUGGGACAACUAUGUACCCCAAAAUCCUCAUCAACAACACAACAGCAGGCAUCGAUGAAUAUGAACUGUUGACAUACGAUGACAUGAUGGAUGUAGCACCACAAGAAGAUUCCAUACUACAAGACCUUUCCACGAUUCUCUCCAAGCACUUCACGGUACUGAAGGAGGCAGUGACAACAUGGUUCAAGGCAUGA